AUGGCUGCUGCCAAGACAGAGAUGCUCCUCCCGGCGCUGCAGAUUUCAGAGCCUCUGAACUUCCCUCACUCCCCCAUGGAUAACUACCCCAAGCUGGAGGAGGUGAUGAUGCUCAGCUCAGCGGGGACACCCUUCCUCACAGCCUCCGCGCCCGAAGGUGCCGGCUUUGGCUCCGGUGAGCCAGGGGAGCCGUACGACCACCUUGCUGGGGAUACACUACCUGACAUCUCCUUCAACUGUGAGAAAACAGUCGGGGAGCAGACGUACCCCACCCCAAGGCUACCCCCUAUCUCCUACACGGGUCACUUCACUCUAGAACCUGCCACUGCCUGCAGCAACAGCCUUUGGGUGGAGCCUAUUUUGGGUGUGUUCACUGGUCUGAUGGGCAACAUUCCAGCAAGUUCGAGCUCUUCGUCCACCAAUUCACAGAACUCAUCGUCCUCAUCUUCGUCCGCCCCGACAUCCUCCUCGUCCCCCUCUUCUACCUCCUCCUCGUCACAGAGCGCCAGCCUCACGUCCUCAAUUCACCACAAAGAACCUAACCCUAUUUAUUCGGCCGCCCCAACCUACCCCAACCCUAACUCCGACAUAUUUCCUGACCAAAGCCAAGCCUUCUCCAGUUCCAGUGGAGGCACGCAGUACCCUCCCCCUGCCUACCCUAACAGUAAAACCUGUGGAACAAGCUUUCCAGUGCCAAUGAUUCCUGACUAUCUGUUCCCACAGCAGCAGGGAGAGAUCAGCCUGGUGCCGCCUGACCAAAAGCCAUUCCAGAGUCAAUCAAGUCAGCCCUCUCUAACCCCUCUGUCUACCAUCAAGGCCUUCGCCACACAGACAGGCUCUCAAGACCUGAAGAGUGUCUAUCAGUCUCAGCUGAUCAAGCCCAGUCGCAUGCGCAAAUACCCCACCCGACCGAGCAAGACCCCCCCACACGAGAGACCCUACGCCUGCCCGGUGGAGACGUGCGAUCGCCGCUUCUCGCGCUCCGACGAGCUGACUCGCCACAUUCGCAUCCACACGGGGCAGAAGCCCUUCCAGUGCCGCAUCUGCAUGCGCAACUUCAGCCGCAGUGACCACCUGACGACGCACAUCCGCACGCACACGGGAGAGAAACCUUUCGCCUGCGAUAUCUGCGGACGCAAGUUCGCUCGUAGCGACGAAAGGAAAAGGCACACAAAGAUCCACCUGCGGCAAAAGGACAAAAAGGCAGAGAAAACGGCAUCUGGGGCGGUACCGGUGUCGGCUCCCGUAUCGGUAGCAUCGCCCGCUUCUAGCUAUCCCUCGCCCAUGACUUCAUACCCUUCCCCUGUGUCUUCGUACCCAUCCCCUGUUACCUCCUGCUACUCCUCUCCAGCUCACACUUCCUAUCCGUCUCCCUCAAUCGCCACUACCUAUCCUUCAGUGUCCAUGUCAGGCACUUUCCAGUCCCAGGUAACCUCACCUUUCCCUUCCUCAGUCACCUCCAACCUCUACAACUCCCCAGUGCCAACCCCACUAUCAGACCUGCAGACCACCCUUUCCCCAAGGACAGUCGAGAUCUGCUAA